UUCAUUAUUCUGUUGUUCAUUUGUUCAUUCGAUCUGUUCUGAUCAUCUUUUAUAUCUGACUUUGAACUUGACUUUGAAAAAAAAGAAUGUCUCAACGAUAAUUGUUUUUAUCAAUAAUAGUAGGUAUGUUUAAUGUAUACGCGUAUUUCAAUAUUAUUAAAGGACCGCACAAGUAGAAGUACCUAGUUGAAUCCAUCACCAUCACCACCACCACUGAAUUUUUCAUUCUAUUUCAUUCUAUAUUUUAUGACCUCGCCUAUCGAUCGGUCUAUUCGAGACCUACCUGAAGAAAAUUGACGUCUGACAUUUGAAACAAACAAAUCAAAAAAAGAGAUUUCAGAUCAAAAAGAAUGGCAUCAGCAACAAGUAAUAAUGUCUAUCAACAAUCACAAGACUUUAUUCCAAACAAUCAUCAUCAUAAUCGGCAAACAGGAGACAUUUCAACUUUGACCUUUCCUCCACAAACACCACAACAACAACAGCAACAACAAAAUUUUAUUACGAUUAACCAAUUCAAUAUAAUUGACAUUCAUUGUCAAGCGAAUGGACAAACGCAACAACAAAUUGCUUCGCCAACGCCUUCAUCGUUGCCUAUUAUGAAUAACCAAACAAUCAGAAUCAAAGAUGAAGAUAGAAACGAUUCUUAUUAUCAUCAUCAUAAUUAUCCACAAGGGCCACCAUCAUCUUCACCAGGUUCAUCAAUGUCUUCGGAUUGUGAUGGUCGAUUAAUGGUGGAUAACAGAGAUUACAUGUCCGAAAUCGAUCACGCCUGCAAAAUAUUGGCCAUUUCAGCUGAUCCUUACAAUUGGAAUCAAACGGAUGUACGAAAAUGGCUUAUGUAUCAACAACGUUUACAUCAAUUGAAAUCAUGUACUAUUAUUGAAAAUGGUUUCCGCAUGGAUGGCAUGUCAUUAUGUGAGCUAAAUCUCGAAGAUUUUCAUCAAAGAAUUUUAAGUUCAUUGAAUAUGACCAACGGAAAUAUGGAAACAUGGAAUUAUGCCACAGUGCUUUAUCAGGAAUUGAAUAUUUGGCGUAAUGCCAUUACAAAAAUGUUUGAACCGGAUUUUACAUUUUUUGAUUCAUCAUCAUCCACCGUUGAACAAUCACAAAAUUAUGAUCAAUUUCCUGUAAUGAAUGAUAACAAAUCGAUGAUGUUAGUACCAUACAGUCGACAAGCUCAAUCAUCAUCACCAACAUCGGAAAAAUCAUCAUCAUAUUGUAGUAGUAGUAGCUAUGGUGGCCAACAGAUGUUUAGUUAUGGUAGUCAUAUGGAUGGAUACCAGAACAAUGUUUCACAAUCACUGCCUAUGAACUCAUUUUAUGAUCCAUCAUCAAAUAAUUCGGUCUAUUCGAGCAGUCCAUCUAGUUCACCACAGAGAUCUUUAUAUUGUUCAUCACCUGCCGGUAGCAUUUCAUCAGCAUCGUCGAUGAUCAAUAAUAAUUACAUAACUAACCACAUGCAACAACAACAACUCCCAUCAUCACAGCAAUCAGUCGACCAUAUCGCCUUGAAUCAGGGAAAAUUUCCAGAAAAUUCAUAUACCUCAAUGUAUCAAAAUGUCUACGGAAAUGACCUUUCUGGACAUCAGGAACACAUGUUUUAUCCCCAACAACUUAAAAGUGAAUAUGGAAGCGAUGAUGACAUGUUGAGCGAUGAUGAUCCAAUCAAUGGUAAAUGUCCCAUGAUAAUUUCUACACAGAAAUGCCAUCAAACACCAAUGUCACAUCAAUCAGCAACAAUGAAAAAACCAACCUUCAAUGGUUCACGUCCACAUGGUUCUUCAACUUCCAUACAAUUAUGGCAAUUUCUUAAGGAACUUUUAUCACAUCCAAACCAAUACGAAAAUGCAAUUCGAUGGUUAGAACGGCCACGUGGUGUUUUUAAAAUUGAAGAUUCUGUUCGUGUUGCUCGACUUUGGGGUCAACGAAAAAAUCGUCCAGCCAUGAAUUAUGAUAAAUUAUCUCGUUCAAUACGGCAAUAUUAUAAGAAAGGUAUCAUGAAAAAGACUGAACGUGCACAACGAUUGGUCUAUCAAUUUUGUCAACCAUAUGCCAUGUAAGGUAAUUUGGUAAAAUCUGUAAAUACUUAUGUAUUUCGUAUUCUGGGUUAUAUCCAUUGAUCCAUUGUUGUAAUUACACUAGAGUUAUUAGUGUUAUCACAAGAAAUUUUUCUUUAAAACAA